AUGGAUAUUGAUGAAAAGCUGGGAGGCAUUCCUUACAAUAUGAGAAAAAGUAUUGAAUUCAUUGGAAUCAUUGAAGCUUGUGGACUCAUGGACUUGGGGUUUAAUGGACCUAAAUUCACUUGGUCUAAUCAAAGGGGUAUAAAUUUCAGAAUUUGGAAAAGGUUGGACAGAGCUAUGGUUAAUGAUAGGUGGUUGCAAAUCAUGCCUCACACUAGCAUUACCCACCUACCUUCUGUGGGGUCUAACCACUGCCCACUCCUGAUGGAAAUGACUGUUAGACCAGAGAAUCACAUUAAAUACUUCAGAUUUCUUAACUGUUGGGCUGAUCAACCUGCAUUUACAGAGACUGUUACCAACUGCUGGAACAGGCCUAUUGAAGGACAUCCUAUGUGGACCAUCCAUCAGAAAAUGAAGAGACUUUCCUCUACUCUCAGUGCUUGGUCUAAAAUGCAGUUUUGGGACAUUUAUGCAAAGGUCAGAGAUUAUGAGGAAAGAGUCAGGCUGGCAGAAGAGGACCUCAUUCACAACAACACUGAAGAACAGCGAACAAAACUUCAUGGUAUUAAUGCAGAAUAUAUCAAAUUCAUGAAGUUGGAGGAUUCUAUUCUUAAACAAAAGACUCAGCUACAGUGGUUUAAAGAGGGUGAUGGUAAUUCUAAGUACUUUCAUGCUUUGAUUAGAGGAAGAAGGAGAAGGUUGUUUAUCCACAAAAUCCUCAAGGACAAUGAUGAAUGGGUACAGAGUGAUGAUCGCGCAGGCCGCCUGUGA